ACUUCCAUCCUCCUCCCCUACAAAUUCUUCCUCGACCCCAUCGCAUCAUCACCCACGCAACUCAAAAAGUUUUCUUCUUUCGCUUCAGAUUCAACUCCCAAAGAUCAAGUAAUCCCUUUUCUCAAUUAUGCAAGGCCCUUCAAGACCCGUCACCGGAUACCCUGUUCCCAACGUUAACGGAUGCGCUCCUAAUCCUCCUCCACCCUCCGCCGCCACCGCCACUGCCUACCCUUACCAGAAUCCAAACCCCUACCCUUACACCUAUUACCAACAGCCGCUGCCUUCUCAGAGCCCUCGUGCUACCUUUGCCCGUCGCCUCCUCUUCGUCUUCGCCGCCGUCCUCAUCAUUUUCGGCUCCAUAAUCUUCAUCACUUGGCUCGUCCUCCGACCCCGCCUCCCGGAUUUCUCCCUGCAGUCCCUCUCCCUCCCGAAUUACAACUCUUCCACCGAGCGCGUGACCGCCACGUGGGACGCUCGGUUCCUAGUCUCCAACCCCAACAAGAAAUUGUCUGUCUCCUACUCCGAUGUUUAUUCUAGCGUCUACUAUCACGGUUAUGACCUCGCCGACUCUAGGAUGCCGCCCUUUGAACAGGGCACGCGCAAUGUGACGACGAUCGAGACGAGUUUCUCACUGGUGGAUGCUUAUAUUAAGGGGGACGUGGUGGACGCUAUCAAUAAGGACAGGUCAAAUGGGCAGGUGAAGUUCGACGUCUUUGUUUCAUCUUGGGUUGGUUUCAGGUAUGGUGGCUGGAGAGGCAGGAGGAGGGUGCUCAGAGUUUCGUGCGGAAAUGUGGCGCUUAACAGUUCUUCGGGGAAGAUGCUCGGCGUGGCAAAAGGAUGCGAUGUUUAUUGACUGUGAGUUGUCUUUACUUGGGGUUUUGCCUAAGCUGGGUUUGUCCCAUGUGCUCACACAUUGGGUUUUGGCAUUCCUCUUAAUUCAUAAUAAUAAUGAUGUAAAUAUACAUAGUUUAUCUUAUUAGGUUAGUUUUAAUUCUGCAAUUAUUCUGUUGAGUUGUUGAUUUUGAUAAUAUUUUAUCAAGUAUGAUAUUCCUACUGUUAAUAGGAUUAUUAACUAAUAUUGCUUUUGAUUCUGUGUCCUGACCUGCUAUGCUAAUUCAGUUGUCGAGUAGAUGAUGUUGUUAGGUUCUUUUUCAUCUUACAAUCUGCACUAUUUGUAUUUUAGUUCUGUUUCAAAAGUAACUACAAUGAGGAAUUGAAGAAGUGUUCUUUCUUUUUCUGAAUCUUGCUAGGAUAAUGGAAAGAUUAGUUUAGUUUUGGAUUUACUUCUCUGCUUUCUCCUCCCCAUCAGUCUUUUGAGCCCAUCACAAAUUUCAUUUUCUGUUUAAAUUGUAUUAUUUUUUAGGAUGGUGAUGAGGCUGUCACUGCCAAAUGUCAAGAAGUUUCCAAAAGUUUUGGACUUGGUCAUCUAUAAAGAAGGGGAACUUGAAGGUGGUUGAACUGAUGGCGUAAGGUUGACACAUGAUCAUUCAUCAUAUAAGAAAAGAUAGUGCAAGUAAAGAUACUUUAACUUGACUAGGCCUAGAUAGUGCUGAUUGAGGACAAUAUGGAUGGUUCGUUCAUGUUCAAAAUGUAAACCUCGAGAGUGCUUUUCAGCAUAGGUUUGGUUUCAGGACAUCAGUGGAAGGAAUGAGAAGGAUAGGCCUAGAUAGACUCAUAGAGGCAGGCAGAAGCUACAUAGCAUGAAGGACUUGGCAGAUUCAGUGGAGAACUAAGAUUUGCUUAAUUUAUUGAACUCCAGCUAGUUCUUCUUUUUCAGCUGAUUGCUUUCUAUUUGAAAUAGCAAUUUCUUCCAUAAUUGGUGGCCAGUAGAUAAUAUUGCUGUUGUGAAAUACAUUCAGUGCUUGAGAGCUAUCCUUACAAACAUAUUUGGUACUUUUCCAAAUAUUAAGUCUGUUCUACAAACAAUUAAUGUGUUUCUUUGGGAGUAGAAAGUGAUAUAGAAAGAUGAAGUUGUUAGAAUUUUAUUGAGUUAUUAACUUUUUUUAUGUAGUAAGAAAUUGAUAAGAAAUUGAUAUAGGAAAAGUUGGUAUGAAAAUUGUCAAAUAGGUCCUAGUCAUAGACUCUUCCUAUGAAGUUUGAACCCAUUUGGUAUCAAAACAGGCACUUUCACCUCCAAACCUAGCCUACUAGAACUUCCCUAGAACCAGAAGAGAAAGAGACUGGUUCCCAAGUAACAAGUUAGGCAC